AUGAGUAUAGCACAAGAACUUGUCAAUCUUAAGAAAUUGGUUAUUAUAUGUUGUUUUGGUUUAGAGGAAGUGAUUUAUGGGGUUGGUAAUGGUGGAGAGGAAAUCAGUAGAGGAAGGGAAAAAAUAGUUGAACAACAACGACAUUCUUCUUCUUCUGCAACAAAUGCUAAAAUCAUUGUAUUCCCUUCCCUUGUUCUGAUAUCCCUUGUGAAUUUGGAACUCAAAAGCUUCUACUCAGGUGGGAGUGAGAAUUGUAGCAUAAAAUAUCCAUCUUUGGUGGAUGUUUAUAUCAAUGAUUGUGAAAGCAUGAAGAUAUGGGGACCCGGGAUCCAUGAAACACCCGAUCUCAAAAGCAUACAGCUCGUUGGGGAUUGA